GCUGUCAAUGUCAAUCUGUCAAGUAAUUUAACUACAACUUCGAACUUCGUAGAAUUUUAAAAACAAAUCUAUUUAUUGUAAUUUUUAUCGAUUUCUGUGAUAAACUUACUUUACUGUGUGAACCAAGUGAUCAAGUGUCGUUCAAAUAACUUGUACCUUCAACAAUUUUAUGUAUCCGUGCCCAAUUUAAUUAUUUAACGUGAUGUUCUUUUUCAAACUAUUUGCGCUUUCUUUCGUAUCGUUCCUUCCAUAUCUCCACUCAUGUUUUUACUCAGAGUUUGUAUUUGAUGACGCUGAAGCUAUAAUUAAAAACAAAGAUGUAACUUCAAACUCUCUCAUUGAUGUUUUCUAUCAUGACUUUUGGGGCAAUAAAAUUGCAAGUAAUCUAAGCCAUAAGUCCUACCGGCCUCUUACGACUUUAUCCUUUAGGUUGAAUUACAUCUUGAGUGGCUACGAGUUAAAUCCUAUACAUUUCAAAGUAACCAAUGUGUUAUGCCACUGGGUUUGUUGCUUACUGGUGUGGUAUUCAUACAAGCUGAUUCUGGGUGGUCUUCACUCUUACACGAAGGAGGCCCUGGAUGUAGCGUGGCACGCAUCAAUACUAUUUGCAGUCCAUCCAAUCCAUGUGGAGGCUGUGAGUGGCAUCGUUGGGAGAGCAGACAUACUAUGUGCAGUGACAUUCUUCAUUUCAUUCAUCCUGUACCACAAUGCCAUUAAAGAGGGGUCUUAUUGGAAGCUGUUUGCGUCUAUUAUAAUGGCAGCCGUGUCUAUGCUGUUUAAGGAAACUGGGAUAACUGUUUUGGGAUUCUGCAUAGUAUAUGACAUUGUGACCCAACCAAAAGUGACCAAAAUAGACUACCACACGCCUCCUCAUGAUAAGUUUGCUACGGUGAAAAGACUCUUUAUAGUUGUCCCUAGUAUAGUUAUCUUAAUAUACGGGAGAUGGCUCAUCAUGGGAGGAACAAAGCCAGAGUUUAAAGCAGUCGACAAUCCAGCCGCUUUUUGUGAUUCUACGUUUAAAAGACUUGCAACUUACAAUUAUAUUCAUUUUUUAAACAUGUUACUGAUGAUAUGGCCGGAAUGGCUGUGCUUUGAUUGGUCCAUGGGAUGUGUACCCACAAUUAACAAGCAGUUUGAUCCCAGAGUGAUAUUAAUCUCAUGCCUCCACCUGUAUGCAUUUCUAGUUGCAACUUGUUUAUUUAACCAAAAAAUAUGUAAGAAGUCUAAAAAGCUGGUGGUUCUGUCAUUCUCUCUGCUGGUGAUCCCCUUCUUGCCGGCCAGCAACAUAUUCUUCCCGGUGGGGUUCGUGGUGGCGGAGCGCGUGCUGUACCUGCCCUCGGCCGGGUUCUGUCUCAUAGUCUUGCUGGGGCUCAACAAGCUCAUGAUCCGGGGAAUGUUUACUUUCCAACCGGGCGAGCUUGCAAAGUUCAAGCUGCUAGCCUUCCUGAUCCUGAUCUUCAGCUCGCGCGCGCUGGAGCGCUCGUACGGCUGGGUGAACGAGCACGCCCUGUUCCGUAGCGGGCUGGCCGUGUGCCCACUGAAUGCUAAAGUACACUACAACGUGGCGAAGGUGGCUGACGCGAGGAAUGAGACGGACGUCGCGCUAGCGGCGUAUAGGCGCGCUAUUGAAUUGUACCCAGAAUAUUAUCAAGCUAUGAAUAAUUUGGGAAAUAUGCUCAAACAUCAAAACAAAUACUCAGAAGCCGAAGAAUAUCUGCGAAUGGCGCUUGAACACAAGCACGACUUCCCGCCAGCCUGGAUGAACCUGGGCAUAGUGCUGGCUCACCAGAAGCGCUACCAGGAGUCGCAGGACGCCUACAUCACCGCCAUCAAGUACCGACACAACUAUCCCGACUGCUUCUACAAUCUCGGCAAUUUGUUUCUAGAAAUGAACCAGACCGAGCCGGCCGUGGCGGCGUGGCGACAAGCCAUCAAGCUGAAGCCCAAGCACACGCUCGCCUGGACCAAUCUGCUGUCGCUACUCGACAACACAGGGCAACUAGAACGCGCCCUGCAGUUGGCGCCCGAAGCAUUGGCCCAACUGCCGCAGUCCGCGCCCGUGCACUUCGCGGUCGCCAACGUGUACGGCAAGCUCGGCCGCUUCGAGGACGCCGAGGCGCACUUCGAGCGAGCGCUCACCCUGUUCGGCAAACACGCGCAAGCUAUACACUACACUAAUCUUGGUGUGCUGUAUCAUCGAUGGAAAAAAUAUCACCUAGCAGAAGAACUGUAUUUAUAUGCUUUAAAAUUAGAUCCUAUGUUUAAAAGUGCUAAGACUAAUUUAGGAUUAUUACGGAAAAACAAUCUCAUUUAAGACUUAUAAGACUUUUUAAACAAUUCAGAAGUUAUUAGGUAGUAUUGUUGUGGUUGUGAUUUGUUUCUUAUUUUGUUAUUAGGUUUGAUACCUAUUAUUACUAAGUAAAUAUUAGAUCUUCUUGUUUAAGUGAAUAAACUACUAUUUAUCAUUCAAUCGGU